CGAAUUAAGCUCCGCCCUGCCGAAAUCUUUCCGCUUUUACAAAUACUGGUUGAAUUGAGCUGGAAAUGGAUGAACUGGGAAUUACAUUUUGAACUCCUUGGUGUUAGUAUGUUGUCAUUAUGAUAUUGUAACUGCCAGCUUUGUUCGGCAUUGUAACUGCUGUCGGCAGUUGCGAGCUUGACUGAGCGAACUUUUGAGAAAGUUAGCUCUGUUCUGAAAAAGCAUGGCGUCUAGCAGCAUUGGUGGUGAAUAUCUGUCCCCGGAGAAGACCGUGACUUCACUGCUUUCCAGCUCAGGUCACUUAAGGAGCAGCCUGCAGACCCCUGACCACGACUUCUCCUUCAGAUUCAGAGAAAAGGUCUAUGAUUCGGCCUCGGCUGCACUCGAUGCCUACAUUGCAGACUUUGAGAGGAGUUGUCAGAAGAGCAAGAGGUUAACAGGAUCAAUGGUUUUGCCACCUAACCAAGCAACUACAAGCAAACCGAGGGUGGGGAUGCUAAGGAACAGAGAUGUUCUCAGGGAACGUUUGACAGAGACAGAACUGGACUUCCUAUAUCUCCCCGUGAGCUCCCUCCAUCACCAGGGUAACCGUGACAGGCUCUCCAUGACAACAGACGAACUGUUGUCCAUCCCUUAUGAUGGCUCACUGCCCGUCACCCACACCUCUGCCUGUAUACACGCACACAGAACCUGUUCGGGGCUCAACAGUUGCCACGCUGCCCCCUGCCACAUAAACCAACAUCACUCUCUACCUGACAAGACAUCCAGAAGUUACAGGCGCCAAGGAAGACCAAAGGUGACUAUUUUUGAGCCAGCUGUCGACACCCCGUCUUAUGCACACAGGAAAGUGCGGUCGGAGUGGGAUGGGCCGUCCUCGCUGCUCCACCUUCCCCACUGGCUAACAAGCAACAAGGCUGAGAUAGACUGCUCUGAGAUCAGCAGCUUGCCGGACCUGCCAUAUCCCGCCUGGAUCCAGAGCUGUGGCGUUAGCGUCCCACCUCCGCCACAGUCCGAACUCUGGGAAGACCAUGUUGCUCAAGUUCCCGGAGCUCCCAAAACUGGAGCUCCGUCCUGGGUUUCUGACCUAAUGAAGAACAAUGAUUUUAUACAACCGUCUGCACAGGGAGACAGCCAGCAGACACUCAGAAAUCUGAGGCUUCAGUUGGCUGAACACAUUUCUCUUCUUGGUGCAAAGAGAGAAAGCUCUGACAUUGUAACAAAUCUGUUCAAAGAUAACAAGAUCGAGUCGCUGAUUCAGAAGGCAGAUCAGGUGUUAAACUCACUGUCUCAGAGUUCUAAAGGACCAGAAAGUCUUCCAGAUCCAGCGAGUCCAGUCAACACUGAGGACCUUCUCAACUGUUCACCCCCACAUUGUCCUCCACUCUCUCCGGACUCAGCAGCAGGAGAAUCCACAGAGGCUUUGACUCAGAAAGAAAAGCAGGUUUGGGACCAUGGUCCCCACGGAAACGGCAUCUGGAAGCAGCCUGGACCGGUGGAGGCUCUGAAACAGAUGCUGUUCAAGCUGCAGGCCGUGGAGGGGGAGCUUCAAAGGAAACAGGGGGAACCACCAGUUAACGGCAGUCUGCAGACACCAGUGAAACCGGUUGAAGAAAUGCAUUGACGCACACAUCCUGGCUUCAGAUCUCUCAACUUGCAUUCAUUCCUAUAUCAUUUUGAUUUUGACUCAAACAAUAACAUUUAGACAAACUAAAUCGUUGUUUGCUCUGAAAUGCAUCAAUCACCAUAUCGAAAAGCAUAACAAACAGCAGCAUAUAAAAGUCACAUAUUAAUAGGACACUAAGGUAAUAAUGAAUAGAAGAAUGACUCAGACAUUAGUAUCACAUCCUGGACAAUAACUCAAUUGAUUUGGUUUAAAAAGCUUCUUUAGUUUAAUAGUUAUUGCACAGUGAUGGCGAUUGAGACUAAACUAAACUGGGUAUUGUUUGUAUCUUUAUCUGCAGUAUUUGGUUGUUUUAUAUUAUAAUUCUAUGUGUAUUUCCAUAGGAUGGUUACUCAACAGGCUUUUGUUUGUCAGUGUUUUCAAAAAUGGAAAAUGUUAUACAGUUCAAAGACUUAUAAAAAAAAAAAAAGUCAGUAUAAACAAACAGUAAAGCAAGAAGUUACAUAUUUAGAUGGUAAAAGAUUAUUAAUUUAAUAUAGGUACAACAUAUUUAAUCAGUGUUUAGUGAUGCUAAUGCUACAAGCUGUACCAACAUGUGUAUAGCUAGUGUAUUUUUUUGUGUAUUUGUCCAGCUAAAACAGAGUUGAGAGUUCUGUUUGCUGAACUCAGAGCGUUACAGCACCUGAACCGUCAGAAGCUGAAGAAGACUAUCUCGUGUCAGUCUGGAAACUUAAGUUGGAAUGUGGUCUUAUCUUAAUGAGUGGUUACAUUAGUGGGAAAGACUAUGGAAUGUGGAAUGUGGACACAGCUAUCCCGAUGGUUAAAAUAUAACGCAUCCAGCACCUUUCAGUCUAAUCUGAAAGCUAUGAAAAGGCCAAAGCCCAUCUCUUUUGAUUAUUAGGCAUAUUUAUCUACAUUUUGAUGUUCUCAAAAUGUCACAUGAACAUGAAGGUUUGAGAAUUGUGAAUGUUACACUCAAAUGAGCAGAAAAAAGGUGUCCGGUAGAGGAUUUUUAUGAAUGUAUCAAUGUAGAGGGCCAUUUUUUGACAGCUUUUGUUAUGUAGCACAAAAACUGUAGUCAGGUAUUGAUUCUUAUAAGCUAACAUUAGCUUGUUAGCACAAGUUAACCGUGUCAAACUUAGCAUAGCUUUGCACUGUACUCGCAUGAAGUUUAACAAGCAUCCAUUGUUCUCUGCAUCAGAAAAAGUGACUCAGAAGUCAAAGUGGGCAGAAAAAUAAAUGAUGGAUGAGUGUGCAAAGUUGUACUGUCAUUUACACUACUCACAAUAUUGUGAGAGACUCGGUUGAUUCCAUUACAGUGUUUAUUUUACUUCAAAGAUUUUUUGGAUUGGCAGGCAAUUGUAUUGGGGUGAUAGACACCCCUUAUUUUGUGUUUUCCACAUAAUGGUUCUACUUUAUGCGGUGUGCCUUACAUAUUGGGGCCAACACCCAAAAACUAAAAGACCAACCUUUUCAAUUUUGGAAAGAUUUCAACGUUCUGUUGCCAUGAAAUGUAUGUAUUAUCAAUAAAUCAUUCCAACUUCUAUCCAUCCAUUUUCUGAACUGCUUAUUCCCAAAUGGGGUUUUCAAUGGGCGAGAGGCGGGGUA